UAAUUGGCUUGGUAUUUCAUGGAAAAGAUAUAUCGAUCAGGCCGGGAAAAGGGAACAGAAAAAGAUGUCCCGCUCUCGGCCUUGUGAGAAGUUUUCUUCGCAACAAGUGCCUAUUAUAUGUGCAGCAGUACUCCUCAUUGGAACUACAACGCUGUUUUUCGUAUUCGUAUGCCCGCAUUUGACAAAGGAAUAUUCUGUUGCCAUCCCCAUCUACGAUGGAAUCGUUACUUUGAUAGUGUUAGCCAGUUUUGCCAAUGCUUCGGUGAAGGAUCCAGGCGUAAUUCCGAGAGAACAAUCACUGACUGACCAAGAAGAUGACUUCAGAGUUCCCUUGUACAAGAAUGUUGACAUAAAUGGAAUUACAGUCCGUAUGAAGUGGUGUGAUACUUGCAAGUUUUACAGGCCACCACGCUGUUCACAUUGUAGCAUAUGUAACAAUUGUAUUGAGAAUUUUGAUCAUCACUGUCCUUGGGUAGACAACUGCAUUGGCAAGAGAAACUAUAGAUAUUUCUUUUUCUUUGUGUUUUCUUUAUCAAUUCACAUUAUUUCAGUGUUUAUAUUCUCGUUGAUGUUUGUUCUUGAAAAAAUGGGUGAGCUCGCAGAGGUAGCUGUUCCAAUAGCUAUCAUGGUGGUUUGUGGAUUGACAUCAAUUCCUGUUAUCGGAUUAACAGUCUUCCACAUUGGCCUUGUUGCCAUGGGACGCACAACAAAUGAGCAGGUGACAGGGAAGUUUCGUAGUGGGCAUAAUCCUUUUGACCAAGGCUGCAAGAAAAACUGUGUCGGCACACUUUGUUCCUCACAGUACGCCAAGUAUGUGGGCUACAUGGAAAGUUUAGCAAGGCAAGUUACCAAGCAAGACACAAAAAAAGAUAAAAGGAAGGAUAAAGAAAAGGAAGCUAAAAACCAAACAGAUGGCACUGAAUUAUCAGAAGUUAAAGUUGAGGUGGCAUCUAACCACACUAACCAGCAUUCUCAGGAUGGAAUCAAGAACAGCAGUGGCAAGAAUAGCCAGCAAACAAGAGAGCAGGAUGGCAGGUCACUGCGACCAGAUUCAUUUGCGGCUGCUGUUAACACAGGUCCUCGUGUAUCUGCUACAUAUGUGAAGUCAAGUAGAAAUGGAAGGACGAUAAGCGGUAGCCGAGAAGUCACAGUGUGAUUUCAUGUUAACCCUCAAGCACUGGACCAGAUGCUGCAUUCCAGUGCAACAAGUGCAAUCUUUGAAUGCUGCAAAUUUGAUGGCUGGAUCUUCACAUGAAUCCCCUGCAAGACCAUUCCGAACCUACAAGAUAGCAAACAAAAUGAUGUUUGCCCACGCACAGGGGCAGUUCUGCAGGGUGGAAAGAAAACAGACAAAGUGGUUACUUCAAGAUUCUUUGCUUGGAAAUUUAUCCCUUGCCAGUGGUCAUACCAGGUGAUAUUUUCUGGAGCAUGCUUUGUAUUCAAGGAAAGAAUUUCUCUUUCAUGUCUUAACAGCAAAGGGGAGCAGAAUGGUUGUCUAGAAUUUGGGAGGGGUUUUUGUGUUCAAAUUGCAAAAUUGUCCACAUUUGUUCGUGGCCGAACACAAAGAAAUUAUGAACUAUUCAGCAUCCUUUUAGAUUGAUUAAAUGAAGACAUGCAGUUUCAGGGAAGAGAAUUUGACAGCCACAACCUAAAAAGCAGCAUGCUGGUAUUUAGAGGGUUGUAUCCCAAGAUGGGUCAUAAGGUAAAACUGUCCGAUAUUCUGCUGUUUUAUAAAGUUGAUGUAGAGUACAAUAUACCAUACAAUAGGGUAAAGCUAGUUUAAUGCAUACCACAUGCUGACAUCAAUAGUGAGCGCUGUUAUUGGUAAAUCAUUAUCCGGCAAUAUUAUUGUAAAUAAUUUACAAACUGUUGUACAUAAUCAGUUAUUGCUGAUAGUGGUGUGUAGUUUGAUUUCUAUUGUUGUGCUACAGGAAUCAAAUACAUUGUAGGUGCAUUAUAUUGUAGUUUUGUGACAACGAUGUUAAUAUUUCUAGUUGUUGUUUUUGUUGUUGUUAUUGUGAAGUUGCAGUGCAAGUUUUCCAAUGAUGCCAGCCAAGUAAAUUCUUUGUAAUUUGACCAACUGUAUGAAUGUUAAAAGGAUAUAAUGGUCUCGGAUUUAUUAGUUCUGUAGUGCAUGGCUUUCUUAGAGGGAUAAAUUGAUGGAAAUCUAUUGUUAGCACCCAAGGCUGGAGGAAUCACACUGUAACAAUAAAUUUGUUACUGACCAUGUAAUAAUUUGUUACAAAAUUGAAUUUUAUAAGGUAAUGUUAUGCAGCUGAUAUGUAUUGUUGAAACAUAAUAAUUGGUCCAACUCUUCACUGUGUAAAUUUUGUGGACAUCAUUUUGAACACAGAUCCUCUAUGAUUUUCAGUGAGAGACCACUAAACUUACUGGGAAACAACUAAUUAACACUUAGAUUUAUGAGCUCGAGAUUUCUAUCAUGCAUAGAAAUCAUGAGUAAAUACAAUCUAUUAACAUUGUUUUAGUGUAAAUCUACUAGUCGUUUAAAACUUAAACAAAAUCUCCUCAACAGACACUUCAAAAAUGCAAAGAAGCAACCAGCAUUUUGUCAACAACCGCACACUGCUAGGCUACUCACUAUCUACAGCAGAAUAGUUAGUGACCAGCAUAGCCAAAUAUUAUAAGAGAACAGCAUUCGUAAGAGAACACUAUUAGAUUUAUGCUAAUGACAUAUAGAACAUGAGAACAAAAUAUGGAGAACAUGCACAUAAUUUGUACCAUCACUAUGUUACAUACAUAAGUGAGUUUUAAUAGAGCCGGAGGAUGCUGUUGUUCUCACUUGAAUCUUCUAUCACUAUGAAAGUGGGGUGGUUAAAGCAAGCUAGCUGCAGUGAAAACCACCAAGUACCUUGUGAUCCCGGCCAGCUACUCUGCUGGGAUGUUCAUGUGAUUCUUAAAAGAAAGAUGACAAAAUCCACCUCCUACUCCACCAUAACAGCCACCUACUUCAAGAGUUUGUAAUAACCCGACAAAAGCUAAUAUUUCUUCCUUUUUCUUACUUCCACAUACACUAAAUAAACAAACACUUGAAUGGACAGUUAUAAAGUGUGUAAAAAUUGCCACUUUGUGGUUAUUGCUGCCGGGUUUUCAAGUAAAUCUAAGUUCUUUAUUUCUUUGUUAAACCGAGGGCAUAUUUUUACACAAUUCAGUGAUUAUGUGCUUUUAGGGGGGCUUUAUUUGUUGGUAUUCAAUGAAAUAUUUAUGUACCUGCCCUCAAUUGUUCAAAGGGUGGAUAGUGCUAUCGACUAGAUGAACCUUCAUCCACUGGAUAGUAGGGACCACUGAGACCUUUUCAUAGUGGUAGGGCUACAAAAUCUGGCCAAGACAAACAAGCAUUUUGGGUCACUGUGGCUCCAUUUAUCAUACAUUAUCCAUGUCAUCUGGAGCCCUAAAGGAUCAACCCAAGCAGAGUGCCAGGGCUGUAGCUCUAGUAACCCCUUCCCCACUGCAGUCCCUGGAUAGUGAUUUACCCUUUGAACAACUGGGGCGAGUUAAAAAUAGAUCUAUACUUUUCAAUCAGAGAGAAUUAGGAAUUUAAUGUAGUUAAUGCUUGAUAAGAAGACAGGGUGAAAAGUUAUUUUAUACUUUAAUCACCCUGAAACGAUUAUAAAAUAUUUUGUAACUAAUCUUAAUAAACACAAACACAGCAUCAGGGGCGGGCAUCUCGUUUAUUGAUACAGCGAGCAUUUACAUCACCAUAAAGAAAUUACAGCAGUGAAUAAACCAUAAAGCAAAGUUGAAAGAGAUGCCUUCGAGUGGCUCUUGCAUAACUUACAAAAUCUUAAAUAACCUAAUAGCCCCUAGGGAUUCAUCAUACCUGCAAGCACGCCUAAAGUACUUCUACAGUUAACAGGAAUUAUACAUGACAAACAUACUCCAAUGUCAUUAGCGAAACGUUACAAAAUAUAUUUCUGCUCGUCUAA